CUUAAACCUCUAACAAACUGAUCUUCAAUACUCGCGAUAUCAUGGAGUCUUGCUCGACGUGUGCAACCAUCCUCUCAUCAACGCCAGCGUACACGAAAGAGAAACUAUCUCUUCCGCAAGACCGUCGAGUCGCGUGCUGUGCUAGAAUCAUAUGUGGCAAAUGUAUUCAUAACGAGCGAUUUGCCGACUAUUGUCCAUAUUGUCAGGUUUCGACAGGACCGACUUCUCUGCCGCAAGGGUUGAGGGAACCGCCGGCUUAUACAUCGCUGCCAUCGUCCAGUUCAAGGACUGCACAUAUCUCCGGCGCGCCGCCACCAUACUCAGCAGCCUCACCUACGCCGAAUGUCGACGAUGAGAAGGCAGCGUUGGCGCAAGAUGUUAUAAAAGAAGAUGCUCCGGAUAUCCUGCAUUUCCUUGACCAUCGCCAUGACAGCGUCAGCUCCUUAUCUCUUCGAUACGGCGUGCCCACUCAUGCUCUGCGGCGUAGUAAUAACAUCACGAGCGACCACUUGAUUCUCGGAAGACGAACAGUGUUGAUUCCUGGCGAGUAUUACAAGGGCGGAGUUAGUCUCUCACCACGGCCCAUCGAGGGCGAAGAUGAGGAGCUGAGGAAGGGCAAGAUUCGCCGCUUCAUGACAUCCUGCAAAGUCUCCGACUAUGACAUUGCUGUGCUGUACUUGGAACAAUCUAGCUAUGAUCUUGAGAACGCUGUUACAGCAUAUUUGGACGAUGAAAAAUGGGAGCAAGAAAAUCCAGCCUCUGGCAAAAGUAAGAAGGCCGACAAAUAUAAGAACCGUGGCCCGUUUUGGAGAGGACUCUGAUCGAGUUUUGGAUUGAUUAUUAGAUUCAUGGUUCGAACCGCGUCGCGGUUCUCAACACACGGUUCGGUUCGUUGAUUACCUGUUUUCUUCCAAGACAGGGACUUUUAGUCCUGUACGUUAACGCCGCCAACAACCCAAACACUUCAAGUUUUGUACAAUGGCUUCAUAGGAUAUACUAAAGAUACCACUUUUCCUUCAUCAGAAUGCAGACCGCGUACGAAUAUC